AUGGCGGCCUCUAAGGCUAAAAGCCUUAGUUCUCUCUUCCAAGAAGGACUCAAACUGAAAGCGGCCACUAAGUCUCCAUCUUUGUCAUCUUCUUCUACUGCUUUACUAAUCUCAUCAGUCGAGGACGGGACUUGUAGACAGGUUGUUUCAUCUCCAUCCAUUAAAUCCUCAGAGCCCAAAAAACUUCCUCAAACAUACUAUACUCUUCCAAGCUUGAACCUUGACCCUGCCUCAACUUCUGGUGAAUCUGCAAAGCCUUUAUGUGAGGAGAUAUCAUCCAUGCUAGCUGCUGGUUCUCCUGAUUCACUCCAGGACAAUAAGGGGAAUUCAAUAAAGAAGUUAGAGAUCCCAUGGUUUCCAAGUGUGUCUUCCAUUAACAUAUCAGUGAAACGAAAGGAAAUAUCACGUGAAAGGAAGCGAAAAUUCAUUUUCAAUAAUAGCCACGUAAAUCGCUUUAAAAAGCUGGUUACCAGUUGUGCAGACAAAUUGGGUACAGAUGCUACUAUUAAGAUAUUUGGUAAACUGGGACGAGAAACUGGCAUAAAGGAGUACAAUGCACUGAUUGGAGUUUAUAUAAGAAAUGCUAGGACAAGUAUUGAUCUAGAAGUUGCAUUGGAACAAAUUGGAAAGGCUUUUGAACUUCUUAAAUUAAUGAAAGAGCAGGGAUUUCAAAUAGGUGAUACAACUUAUGGUCCAUUGCUAAUGUAUUUAAUAGAUAUGGGCAUGAUAGAGGAAUUCCAGGCUUUCUGUGAAUUUAUCAAAGACGGAACAUCUGGUUGUCUUCCAAGGCUAGGUUAUUAUGAGAUGCUAUUGUGGAUUGAAGUUGAUAAUGAACAGAAGAUCCAGGAACUCUGCAAUUGCAUUGGCAGUGACAUUGGGGAAGAUAUUUCAAACCUAGAAGGUACCUAA